CUCCCCUCCCCCCUUCCGCUCUCCCACUCUUUCCUCCUCCCCGGCUCUAGCUGACCGCCCGUCCCCUCUGCCCUGUCCGCCUGUCUGGACCGCACGCCCACGCUUGGACUCCGGUCUGCUUGGGCCGGUUCCUCCCCGCCACUUUGCUGUCUCCUGGGCCUCUGCGGGCCCUUGCCCCGGCCCACCCGUCGCUAGCGCGGGCUGUGCCCCUCCGGCUCUGUCUCCUCUCUGGCUCGCCUCGUGCCGGGCGGCUCGGCUUUUCCCGCCCGCCGGCGCUGGGGCCGCCCGAGCGCUGGCCCUGGCGGCGGGGGUGCGGCCGGCUGCCUAGCGGGCACUGCGCCCUCGGAGGCGUCGAGUCACCUUCUCCGCGGUUCCUCUCGCAGCGCCCGGCCCGUCGCGCGGGGUCUCGGCCCCGCACUGCUUCCGGACCUUGGACGUCGUGGCGUCGGCUUCCCUGGCCUCGGUCUGUCCGCCUCAGGCAACUCUGGUAGCUCUCCUGGUCUGAUUGCUUUGAAGAAAGAAUAGUAGAGGAAAAAAUAGAAUAAAUCAUGUCGGAGAUACUUGACCUCUCUUUUCUGUCUGACAUGGAAAGGGAUUUGAUCCUCAGUGUUAUACAACGAGAUGAGGAGCUCCGGAAAGCAGAUGAGAAAAGGAUUAGGCGACUGAAGAAUGAGUUACUGGAGAUGAAAAGGAAAGGGGCCAAGAGGGGCAGCCAACACUAUAGCGAUCGGACCUGUGCCCGGUGCCAGGAAAGCCUGGGCCGUUUGACUCCCAAGACCAACACUUGUCGGGGUUGUAAUCACCUGGUGUGCCGGGACUGCCGCAUCCAGGAAAGCAAUGGUACCUGGAGGUGCAAGGUGUGCGCCAAGGAAAUAGAACUGAAGAAGGCAACUGGAGACUGGUUUUAUGACCAGAAAGUGAAUCGCUUUGCUUACCGCACAGGGAGUGAGAUAAUCAGGAUGUCCCUGCGCCGCAAACCUGCAGUGAAUAAAAGAGAGACAGUGGGACAGUCCCUCCUUCAUCAGUCACAGAUGGGCGAUAUCUGGCCAGGAAGAAAAAUCAUUCAGGAGCAACAGAAGGAGCCCAGUGUGCCAUUUGAAGUGCCCAAGCUGAAAAGUGGGAAGAGUGCGCUGGAGGCUGAGAGUGAGAGUCUGGAUAGCUACACAGCUGACUCAGAUAGCACAUCCAGGAGAGACUCUCUGGAUAAAUCUGGCCUCUUUCCAGAAUGGAAGAAGAUGUCUGCCCCCAAAUCUCAAGUAGAAAAGGAAACUCAGCCUGGGGGUCAAAACGUGGUAUCUGUCGAUGAGAGUGAAAUGAUAUUCAAGAAGAACACCAGAAAAAUCCUCAGGCCUUCAGAAUACACUAAAUCUGUGAUCGAUCUUCGCCCAGAAGAUGUGGGGCAUGAAAGUGGCUCCUUGGGAGACAGAAGCAAAUCUGUCCCAGGCCUCAGUGUGGAUAUGGAAGAGGAAGAAGAAGAAGAAGACAUCGACCACCUGGUGAAGUUGCAUCGCCAGAAGCUAGCCAGAAGCAGCAUGCGAAGUGGCUCCUCCAUGAGUACAAUCGGCAGCAUGAUGAGCAUCUAUAGCGAAGCUGGCGAUUUUGGGAACAUCUUUGUGACUGGCAAGAUUGCCUUUUCCCUGAAGUAUGAGAAGCAAACACAGACUCUGGUCAUCCACGUGAAGGAGUGCCACCAGCUGGCUUAUGCUGAUGAAGCCAAGAAGCGCUCUAACCCAUACGUGAAGACGUAUCUUCUGCCUGACAAGUCCCGCCAAGGAAAAAGAAAAACCAGCAUCAAGCAGGAUACUGUCAAUCCACUCUAUGAUGAGAUCCUCAGAUAUGAGAUCCCAGAAUCUCUCCUGGCCCAGAGGACUUUGCAGUUCUCGGUUUGGCAUCAUGGUCGUUUUGGCAGAAACACUUUCCUUGGAGAGGCAGAGGUCCAGAUGGAUUCCUGGAAGCUUGAUAAGAAACUGGAUCAUUGCCUCCCUUUACAUGGAAAGAUCAGUGCUGAGUCCCCGCCUGGCUUGCCAUCACACAAAGGCGAGUUGGUGGUUUCAUUGAAAUACAUCCCAGCCUCCAAACUCCCUGUUGGAGGUGACCGGAAAAAGAGUAAAGGUGGGGAAGGGGGAGAGCUCCAGGUGUGGAUCAAAGAAGCCAAGAACCUGACAGCUGCCAAAUCUGGAGGGACUUCAGACAGCUUUGUCAAGGGAUACCUCCUUCCCAUGAGGAACAAGGCCAGUAAGCGUAAAACUCCUGUGAUGAAGAAGACCCUGAAUCCCCACUACAACCAUACAUUUGUCUACAAUGGUGUGAGGCUGGAAGAUCUACAAAACAUGUGUCUGGAACUGACUGUGUGGGACCGGGAGCCCCUGGCCAGCAAUGACUUCCUGGGAGGGGUCAGGCUGGGUGUUGGCACUGGGAUCAGUAAUGGGGAAGUGGUGGACUGGAUGGACUCGACUGGGGAAGAAGUGAGCCUGUGGCAGAAGAUGCGACAGUACCCAGGGUCUUGGGCAGAAGGGACUCUGCAGCUCCGUUCCUCGAUGGCCAAGCAGAAGCUGGGCUUAUGAGUCCCUGUCCUUCUCUGCAGGUUCAGCUCUGUCCAGGGCAAGUCAGAAGAAGUGAAGAAACCAAGAGCAAAGAUUUAUAAUUUAAUGUGUGUGUGU